UCCUCAUGAGCCAAAUGAGAUUAUAAACGCGUUGUCGGAGGGCGCCGCGAGGCAGAGGGGAGGAAGCAGUACGUAACGGCAGAGAGAGACAGAAUGGCGGAGGCAGGCUGAGGGGAGACGCGGUCGGAGAGCAGCGGCAAAGCGACGCACGACGGCCGCCAGAGCGCACAGCCGGCGCGGCUUCGCCUUUCCUCCCUAGACAUGGCCAACAACGUCAAUAUGGAGCGGCAAGAGGACAAAGAGGGCGACGGAGGCCGCGGCGAGGACGUCGUCGUCGUCUCUGCGGACGGUCGCGCCGAUGUAACGAAGCGUUUGUUGCCAGUCGCGGUGUCGUCCAGCCAAGAUGGCGAACGGGCUGCGUGUGAAGGACUCGCGUCCGAGCAGGAGCGCGCAGCGCGCCGCAAGAGCGCGGCCUCGGAGUCUCGGCUCGGCGGCGGCGGUGGUGGCGGCGGCGGCGGCGGCGGCUGCGGUUCUUCUCCGUCGCCUGCUUCUUCUUCUCACACUCAGAGAGCGGCCGAGGAACCGCCGCGGCUGAACUUUCACAUUCCGCGGAAGAAUAAAGAAAGGAAAGCCCUGUUUCAGCACGUGACUGCAGGCUCACGCGAGUUUGAAGACCUUGUGAAGACCCUCACCUCUUGUUACCGGGACUGUACCUCAACUGGGACUUUCACGUACACCAAGGCCCGACUCGUCCACAGCGAGUUGCUGGAGAAGGACUUCGUUGAGAAGAAGAGGGAGCUCAAACAAGAUGGGAGAACAGACAAGGAGCUGCAGGAAUCGUUUUGCUUCUUUCUGCCGGACUCUUCUAAGCUGCACUCAAUCUGCGAAAAGGGUCUUUCUGUGGGACACUCGCGGAUCACCACGCUGGGGAACCCCACGAUGGGAGUUUAUCUGUCAAAGUACUCAGAUUUGCUGCAGAUGAAUCCCUUUGACCCUGGUACCACUGGCGACAUUAUUAUAUUUAAAGUUAUGAAGGGGAGGGUGAAAAGCAUAUAUGAGAAUAUAUCCAAGAAUGUCCUGGAUCCCACUCCCAAGUUUGACUGCCAUGUUUCUAAGAAUGCCGCCAAAGUUACCUCUCUCCGGUCAUACAGAGCAUUUGAACUCACACAGCAAUACUUCUAUGAAUAUUCCUUUGAUGAAAUAAAGUCCCGUCCCAGGCACGUUUGCCCUUAUGCUGUGCUGUCCUUUCUGUAUAAAGGCAAAGAGGCCACGCCUCCACCAAAACCCUUGGCCCCGCUCAGGUCGAACAGCAACAUUUCUGAAGGAGCUAAAAGUAGGAGUAACUAUACAGUGUGGAGCGGGCAGCUUCUCAACGGUGGCAAGGCUGUGUUCCAGGUGUCCCUGCAGUCCUCCACCUUACCCUUCCUCCCCAUAAAACUUCCAGAAAAGCUUGAGAUCAGUACAGCGAUGUCCCUCGAGCAAGUGAAGCGGAAGAUUCCAGCAGUUCUCUUUUCCUGGAGCACAUACUUUGGAGUACGAGAAGUACUGAAGAGCGGGAUGUACUGCAGUUUGUUUGCGGUAAUCGACAGAAGCAGACAUGGGAAUGGUCUCACAGUCCUCCUCCACAAGUUGGAAAGAGAAAGAAUGGUCUUUGUCAACAAGUUGAUGGACAGGGGAUUCCUCUUUCUUCUGUCUUCAGCUCAGAUGAUUACUCCCAGUGAACGGCGGCCUGAAUGGACAAGGUGUCUGCAGGCACUCUUUCUUUUUCAGGAGCCCAGAGGUGUCAGUAGGUUUUUAUCGAAGGUGGCCGUGUCGCAAGAUUCUUUGGCUUCUGAGUCCAAGGAUGCUGUCAUGCCCCAGUUGGAUGGCUUUAUUCCUGCCCUCCACUAUGCCCUGAUGAAGGUCCGUACAAACCCCCCGGCAGACCUGUCGGCCGGGGUGCAGCGCCAGGCGUGGGACUACUUGAGUGGCCGCGAGUGUGGCAAUGUGCGCCUGUACUACAUGAAUGAGUACAAGCAGAACCUGGAUGAACGGGACCAGGUCAGAGCCGCGCCCCGCAAGCCCCACAGCAAGGAGCGCACCUGCCUGCGUUCCUACAUUUGCUGUCCCGGCUCCUACGUGUUGACCAUCAGACAGGCGCGGGACAUGAUGGAGAGCCACCGUGGACCCCCAGAGUACAGUCCAGUCUCAGACUGGGAGGGCUCCGACAGUCAGCCAGCGGCUGCACGGUCAAACGGCGCGCAUGGCCCUCAGUUGGCGCAUGCAGACAACGACCCAGAGAAGAUGAAGGAACUUCUCAGGCUCAUCCAGAUGUGGAAAAGGAACUUUGAAGGGGAGGUCAGGCAAACAGGGGAGGGGCGGGAAGGGAUUGAAGAGGGCAUCUGGGAUACCCGAGGCUUGAAGAGGAAGCUGGAAACAGAAUCCACAGAGACAGCUGUAAAGUAUUUAAGGGUAGACGCGCUUGACAAUGGCGAGCACAGCCGAGAUGACUCCCAGCGCUGCUCAUCCCUCACCGCAAUCAUGAACAGCAUGGGCCUUCGUGACACAGACCUGCGAAGGGACGACUCACAGGGUGCAUCCAAGCUGAUGAAGAUAUUGGCCAGCAUCAACAAGAGCACCAGGGGCCCCAGCCCUCUGCGCUCCGAGAGCCCUGGCAGCCUGCCUCUGAGAGCAGACAGGAGAGAAGGCCCUGAAUAUGAUGCCUUGUCUCACGUUAACCUCCCUGCACAUUACCACCUCGAUCUGCCAAAUUCACGUACAGAGGAGGACCCGGACAACCCAGCCAGAAGCGACUAUUUGGAGGAGCAGACAGCCGGCAGCAUGAGCAGCCUGGAGGUGUUCAGCCCAUGCUCCAGCAAUGAGCAGCACCGCGGCACCGAGUUCUCGGGUGAGGAGCCGAUUCCCUGGGUACUCAUUCCCAUCACAGGUAUCAGGUCAGAGAAGAACACAGCCCUUUCUGUCAAGGAGGAUGAGGAAAACUCUGAAGAUCAUUUUGGGCAGUUCUCUUAUGGAUCUAGCUGCGCUUCUCCCAAGAGAGCACACAGUACCCAUCCUCAGCCUGCUGAUGAUAAUUACAUUGAGGCUCAUGGGGGAGAAGAGAAAGAAGAGUUGACUGAGGGCUCAAAACUGACCCAUUCUCUUAGCCAUACAGCAGUCUUCAACCAGCUGGACAGCAUCCUAGAUGAGGAGUUUAGUGAAUUUUCUUUGGAGAUCCAUGGCCUAUUGAAAGAGGAGCACAUCUGCUACACCCCUGAGUUACAAGUGCCAAUCCAGCACCAGCCGCUGUGGACACAAAGAUCCCCCUUCUCAGUGUACGUUUCUGGCCAUGUCUCUCCAGAGCCCAUCCAUGGCUACGUAAGCAUGCUGCAUGAGCGAAUGAGCUACUUCAUGGGCUCAGAGAUUGCUCCUAGAGGGACUUCUUUCACCUCAUCCACCAUAGCUCCUGCUCAAAGCCCAGGCCCUAACCCCAUCUCAGCUGUCUCCUCUGGCCCAUCGCCUUCCCUUACCCUUGCUUCAAGUCUUGCUCCUGACCCUGUCCUAACCCCUGUCACAAAUGCUCCAGCCCCCUCAUCAUCAUCCACUCCUCCUAUUCAAGCACUUGCCGCUCCACCCCAGAGACAGGCUCCUCAUAGUCUACCUCAGACAAUCACUUCCCAACCACAAAAUGCAAAGGGAGGCCAUAAAAAGCCAGACCAGGACUCUAGGAGGCCUGUCAGUCAAGAGGAUGGUAUGGCGGUGGCAGAUGGAGGCACGGUACAGAAGGAGCCAGAGCCCAUUGUGGUCAGAGCUGCUGCAGACGACAAGAGCCUUACACCUGUUACAGGCAGUGCACCUGCUGCUGUGGACUCUGGAUCUGGGACACCCUCUAUCAGCAGCCUCAUCAGCCAGCUGAAGCCUGAGGUGUUCAGUAGCCUUGUGGAGAUCAUCAAGGAUGUGCAGAAGAAUGCAGUCAAGUUCUACAUUCACUCAGGGGAGGAAGAGAGUGAUGUGUGUGUAGAAAUCAAGGAGUACCUGAUGAAGCUAGGGAAUGUGGAGUGCAACCCACAGAGCUUCCUGCAAGAACAGAACAAGAACAACCUGGACAAGCUGCUCAUCAUCAUCCCAAAUGUGGACAUCGCUGCUCAUGUCCACAAGAUUCCAGCACUGGUGUCACUGAAGAAGCUGCUGUCAGUAAGCUUUGCCGGUGUGGACAGCCUGGACGAUGUGAAGAACCACACUUACAAUGAAUUAUUUAUUUCUGGUGGCUUCAUCGUAUCGGACGAGUUUGUCCUAAAUCCAGAAUUCAUCACGUAUGAGAAGCUUCAGGCUUUUCUGAAAUUCCUGGAGGAUCAGAGCACCCCAGAAAACCCUUGGCAAUGGAAGGUGCACUGUAAAACCCAGAAGAAGCUCAAGGAGUUAGGGAGGUUAAAUAGCGAUGCUCUGAGUCUGCUGAACCUGCUCGCCACUUACCAGAAGAGGCACCUGGUGGAGUUCCUGCCGUAUCACGAGUGCGAUGCCCCAUCCCGCCAUGCCCCGGAUCUCGACUGCCUCAUCAGGCUGCAAGCCCACCACACCCAGCACCGUCACAUCAUUUUCCUCACAGUAGAGCGCCGGUUUGAGAUGUUCCCCCAUUACUCCAACAAUGGGAUUGUGAUCGCCAGCAUUGAUGACAUCAUGAGUAGCUUCCAUAGCCUGAUUGGUUUCCAUGACAGCAAGGAGGAGGUUCCAAGUACUGACGUGCAAUCGGUUCCAGAUCCCCCAACAGAAACAAUGAAGGAUAAAUGUGUGGAUGAGGAGGAUAUGUCUUUGGACUCUGAAGAGGACUCCCCAGCAAUGGAACGGCCUGCUCAAUCCCUCCAAGAAGGUGGCGAAUGUAAGCGGCCUCCUCCACCCCAGGUAGAAGAGUUCCGGCCUCCGCUUCCUGAGCAACCAGGUGUGGAUCCUGGAGCACCGGCUGCCUCGGGAGCGACGCCCAAGCAGCUAGAUUUUGAGGCUCUGAAGACAGCCAUUUCCCACUUCAAGGCCUCCAGCCAGGUUACUGGCUCGCCACUCGAAUUCGAAGCAGGUGGAGUCUCGCCUGGGGCUUUCAACGUGAAUCCGCAUCAGAGCUUUCUGUGCCCGGUCUCCCUGCCAACAUCCUACUCAAACUCCUCUGGGCCCCAGAGCUAUCCAGUUUCUCCUUCCAGUGGCCCUCAGGAACAGGAAAACAAGCUACCAGCCUCUACUCUUCCUCAUGGCCACCCACCUUCUGGGAGCCUAGGGGAGGCAGCACCUGUACAGCUUCCUUCACCCUUGACUCUGAACCCCCUGGCCCCCGUUCAGCCGCUUCCCAGCCAUGGCACCAGUGAGCCUCAGGGACGAGUGGGCCUCAGCUCCAGUAACCCCAUACCUGGGCCUGGUGUUGCCCCUCAACCGGUCCCUCUUAAUCAUGAAGAUCCUGUAGUCACAUCCCCACCAGGAGUCCCCUCCAUCCCCCUGGGGGGCACGAAUAGCAGGGAUGAUUGGCAGCAGCUCAGCUGGGGCCAUUCAGGUGGGGUGGGUAGCGCAGGUGGAACCCCCAACAGUCAAGAUGAUGGGGUGUCUGGGACUGGACACUAUGCCACCCCUGGAAACAGUGCAUCUGGGACCCCCAACAGCCAGGGAGGGGCUACUCCCAGCUCAUUGACCUUGGGUAUCCAGGGAGGGGGUAAGCUGGCCAACCCAGGCAACAGCACUCCCAGCAGCCAAGGCAGCCUCACCCCACUCCCAAGUGCUCCAGCCCCUAGCCGGGAGGCCAAUAAGAGUGCUGGGCUGCUGCCUACUCCGAGGCCAGGCAACAUGAAUGGGCGGGGCUGGGGGGUUGGCAUCAACAGUCACAGCACUGUGCUGGGUUCCAGCCCUUCGACACCUGGAAAUCGGCCUGGCGGCCCUCCAAUGGGAGCUUUCAGAGGAAUCCCUUCCAAUGGGACCAGAGCCAUGUCAAGGCAUGGCCUGGACCGCCGGGGUGCUGCAUGUGUCUGGGGCUUCCAGCGCGGGAGGGGAGCUCCAAGGGGCCCCAGCUUAGACUUUGCACAGGACUCUUAUCCUUGGAGGGAAAGUUACUACCACAGCCAGGGAGAAGGGUACCACACUCACAGGAACGAUUACAAUGGAUGGUGAGCCACAGGUUGAAUGUACAUAAUGACCAUUGAGCGCUUUAAGACAGCCAAGUGGGAGCCCUUGUUUUCUACCAGUAAAGAAAGAAAGGAAAGAAAAAAAAAAAAAAAGAUACAGGCAGUGCACAGUGUCCUACAGUGAUGCUCCUCUUCUGAUGUUUUUGAUCUUGUUCAAACCACUAUAUUUGUAUUUGCCAAGGUGUUUUGUUAUUGCCUUCAAGUGUUUUUUUGUGACAUUUUCUUCCUAUCUGAAUUGUUUGAAUAUGCAGCAGAUAAUGCAUCUUCAUACACUCUAAAAUAUUUUUUUAUUAAAUGUAGCCAGGUGGUAAUGGCA